CUGUGCCCCUGUGCCAUCCUGGGGCCAGUAUAAAACAAGUCAGAGCCCUCCCCGCUUGCCUGCUCAGUUUAUCCCUAGAAGCAGCUAGCUACUCCAGGUGCACAGGCGCCAUGCAGCCCCGGAUGCUCCUCAUCGUAGCCCUCUCGGCUCUCCUGGCAUCUGCCCGAGCUGAUGAGGCAGAGGAAUCCUUGCUGCUGGCCUCCAUGCAGGGCUACAUGGAACAGGCUGCCAAGAGGGUCCAGAAUGCACUAAGCAAUGUGCAGCAGUCUGAGAUGGCCAUGCAGGCUAGGGGCUGGAUGGACAAUGGCUUCAGUUCCCUGAAAGGCUACUUCAGCAAGUUCACUGACAAGUUGGCUGGCCUCUGGGAUUCUAGCCCUGAAGUCCACCCAACCAAUUCCAGUUACUGAACCUUGAGACU